AUGUCUCAUCGUAAAUCCUCCCGGUUAACCGUCAAACAAGAAGCCAAGGCGGCGUUAGCAGGGCAAGUGGCUCCCAUAGCUUCAACAUCCCGCAGCAAGACAAACACACGUCCUCAAAAGAAACGCAAGAUUUCUGCAGCUAGUGAGUUAGUGGCAGAAAAGCCUAUGAAGAAAAGAUCGCCCACUACCCGCGACAAUGUGCCAAUUGACACCACGGACUACAGUAGGGUCCGAGGGAGGAGAGGCAAACUAAAGUUGAUGACUGAAAUGCCGUUGGACAUUUUACUGGAGAUUUUCAGUGAGCUUGAGCCAUUGGACCUUCUUCACAUUUCCCGGGCCACGAAAGACCUUCGUGCCAUCGUUACCAACCCAACCCAUGCUUUCUUGUGGAUACGGGUUUAUGAGAACGCUCCGGCACCUGUGCCUCCCCCAUGUCCACCUGGAAUGAGUAUCCUUCACUAUACAAAUUUAGUUUAUGGCCGUCAUUGCCAUUUCUGUGCAUCAAUCCACGGCAGGGUCAUCCAUUGGAACGCACGCGUCCGACUGUGCUCCAAAUGCGCUCCCUCACAAUUACUGAAGAAGCACUUUCCGGGAUCCAAGAUCAGCCUUGAAGCUCUGUCUCUCUGUCAUCACAUUUACAUGAGGAAAGCUGGCGGUUUAGGUGGAUCCGGAGUAUAUGCACUCGUACUUGAUUACAAGCAACAGGUCAAAGCGCUUGCUGCAGCAAAGGCGACUGGUGGAAUGGCCUUAGAAGAUUAUAAGGCACAGAGAAAUGCACUGUUUGCCCAACGAAAUAUGGAGAUGGCCCCGCACCGCAAGUGGGCAUACGAUGUCCGCCGCCAUCGCCUUCAGCAACAGGACGCCGUUCGGAGCCGGCGCCAGCAAAUGAUCCUUGAUAAGCUGCACGAAGAAGGUUACACAGAGGUUCAGUCAUACCCGAUCUGGCGCCUUCCUGGUGUCCGCGUGGCCGCUGAACUUACAGACAAAGAAUGGAAGCUCAUCAAGUUCGACCUCAUGAACGUUUUCGAAGAUCUACGUCGACAAGCAAAGGCACGAGACAUGGAACACAAGUUCUACCGACGCACCAGCCAUUUGAGAGCCGUCUUCACUGAAGCAUCUAAGGACAUUCCAGCCCCACAGAUCCUUCCUCCGAUUGGGCAGAUUGCCAAUUGCGAACCUUUCUUGUCACUUCUUAAGGGUACCCCAAUUGAAGACGAAAUCACAAUGGAACAAGUACAAGCUCUCGCCGGCCACCUCCCUGGCAUUUUCAGUGCAUGGAGGGAGGAGUGUGACGCGGUACUUCUCAGUCUGAUUCCUGGGUCACAGGGGAAGCCCAACAAGAUGCAGACAGAUACUGUUGACAGGCAACCUCUUGAACUUGCAACCACAUUUUUCAAGUGCUUUGCAUGCGACGAACCAAUCACAUACCCCCGGAUUCUUGUCCACUCCUGCGUGAGAUACAGAAGACCCCCCGAGUCAGACGGCGGUUCAGAGAAGCCUGACGAACAAGACCAAAAAAUUGAUGACAGAGAUACAGAAGACGACAGUGAAGAAGAUGAAUCGAAGGAUGACGCUGAUACCUCCUCUCAUCAGGCCGCCAGGACUGUCAUCAAGAGGGAGCUUGAUGUCGACUUCGUUUGGUCCAGGGCUCUAGACGGCGUCUGGGAUGCGUCAGGCAAUCGAAUUAUGUUCGACGAAGAGGCCUCACGCUAUGCUGAAGUUGUCAUCCAAGCCUUUGGGGAGGAUCCACAAACUGUAACCCAAGACCAAAUGAACCAGAACGACGGCCGAAUUGAGUGCAUCUCCUGCCGUGUCGAGGGAAAGAAACCAAAGCGCCUUGUCAUGGACUGGAAGACAGCGAUCCUUCACGACAUGGAUUAUCAUUUCGAGGAUCCUCCUAAGCAAGAAAAAUGGCAACCACUCACAGAAGAGGCAGAUUUGGUGAAGGCCAAAGACACGGAAGCUAAAGCAAGCAAACGGUGGAGGACUCCCUCCUACCACUGUCGACACUGCGAUCGGUACCCCAUCGACGGCAAACGCAUCAAGGAACACCUGGAGAGCCAUAGGAUCGCUUGCGAGCAUAACGCUUAUGACUUAAGGCAAGAUGCCGUACCUCUCCUGGACACGUCCAUCCGGAUGCCUCCGUAUGCUGUGAAGAUUUGA